CGCUCCGCGUGGGGGCGCGCGCGACGGAGUUUGCCCGGCAAGGCGCCAAACCCCACGGCCGACCCGGCAUAGCAACACGAGAGGACGAGAGCGCGUUGAGAGCUGCGUUCGGCGGUAUGUCGCUUUGGCUUCGUUCGUGCUCGUACCUGCAGGUGUGUAGUGUUUGUGUAUCGUGCUGGGCAGCUGCAUGAACCAUGCCACGCUGUUUCGUACCACGGUGUAAAAGCGGGUACGAUUCUGUGCGAUCUGCGGGAGAGAAGAGACACUUUUUCAGGCCGCCCAACGACGCUGAACGCCUUGAACUAUGGGAGCGCGCAGUACCAAGGCUGGACAAAAAGCUUUCGAGCUCGUCUUCUGUUUGCGAUCUUCACUUCCACGAUGAUGACAUUUUGAAGGUCUUCGAGCACAAUAUCUGUGGUGAUGUGGUAACGAUUCCGCGCGACAAAUGGGCACUGAAGCACGACGCCGUUCCUCGCCUGUUCCCGAAUUGCCCUAAGUAUCUUUCUAAACCGACACGGAAACGCAAAGCACCUACUCGCAGACUCUCCCCGGCCAAAAGGAAGCGCCGAAAAGAACAAGGUGAGCGGUCGAUUGAAGCAGUUGGAGCUAGCAACGACGAAACGGAAAACGGCGUGUCGCAAGAGACUACUGAAUCUUUGUUUGGCAUGCUGACUCGCUUGGCCAAAGGGGGACAAAAAGUUCAAGGUUGGUCUCUUGACGUUGCUGAACAAACAGUACUGUUGUACAAGCUCAGCGUAAGAAACAAUAUUCCCCGUGUGGAAACGUCCGUGACGCUGGCGGAGAACCUCAACUUGACUGUCUGUGCAAGUGGUCGACUUGUGCCAUGCAGUGUCUACGCCGGAGAGCAGAGCGUUAAGCUGAAGUCAUUUGAUGACUUGGAAUGUUUUAUCCAGUAUAUGAAAAAGCUCAAGCUGUGCCAGGGAUGCCCUGCUAAAAAGUACCCCAAAAUCACAUCAUCAGUGGUGGCCACAAAAGAAGGUGAAACGUGGAGGCGCAACACCUGCACUGUUUUGAGCCUUAAUGCUACAUGUGCUCAAUGCCGGACCUUGGACAAGCUUUUUUUGCAGCGGACAAAGCAGCAAAAAGACUGCAAGAAAAAGCAAAGGGCUAGCUUAAAGUCGAUGCGGCGUAAAGCAAUUCGCGCAACCUCAAGGCGAGAAAAAAUGAAAGAAGAAGUCGUUUUGAUGAAGAGGAAGCUUAGUGCGAUUACAGAGGAAACAAUUGACAGCACUCUUGGCGUUCUUCCAGCCAGGCAGCAGUUAGCCUUCAAGACGGCUUUAAUGGCAGCAAAGGCGAAGUCAAGAAAGGGGAGGCGAUAUGAUGCCGAAUGGCUGAUGACAUGUCUGCUACUGCACAUCUCAAGCCCGAAGGCCUACACUUUAAUUUCUGACAUGCAGCUGCUACCGCUACCAUCAAAGGCUCGCCUUCGCCAACUAAUAAAGGGCAUUCCAUGCAAGUAUGGCUUUAAUCAAGUUGCGUUGAACAGCAUCAAGGGCCAUUUCUGUGACAAAAGCCACCUAAGACGGCUAGGAGUAUUGCUCCUCGAUGAGGUCAAAUUAAAGCAGGGCAUCUCCUUCAAUAAGGCCUCAUGCAAAAUGGACGAAUUUGUGGACUAUGGUGAAGUUGCAACACCAAAUGCAAAUCAACUUGCGGACCACGCUUUGGUACUGAUGUUCGUGCCACUAUUCGAAGACUGGGUGCAACCAGUUGCAAGCUUUGCAACAAAAGGAGCUGCUCCAGGAAAAGUCCUUGCAGAACUCGUAAUGAGUACUGUUCUCGAACUUCACAAGAACAAUGCGUCAGUGCUGGCUGUGAUCAGUGACGGGGCAGGAAACAACAGAUCCAUGUGGAGCCAGUUUGGAGUAUCAGGCAAAAUGGAUGCACCUCACCAUUUCAUCGAGCAUCCAUGGGAGCCAUCACAGAACAUCUACUUUGUAUGUGAUGUGCCUCACAUCGUCAAGUGCAUCAGAAAUCACCUAAGGAAACACACUUACGGAAUGGCAGGCGACCUUCGCAUCAAUUUCCGACAUUAUGUGACCCUGUAUGAAACUGAGAAAACUAGGCAUGUACGAGUUGUGCCCAAACUGACCGAAGCACAUGUUGCCCCUGAUAACCUACGCAAAAUGAGUGUCAGGCUAGCUACACAGCUCUUUAGCCGUGGGACAUCUGUUGGAAUACGUGUGUACAGGGAAGCAAAAGUCGCCGGCUUGGAAGAUUCAGAAGGCACUGAGACUUUUACAAGACUACUGAACGAUGUAUUUGAUGCACUCAACAUAAAGCUUCCAUCGAGGGGAAUCAAGCGCCAAUCCAAAGAGAUACAGGCAAGCAGCUCAGCUACUCUUCCUGGAGCCUAUAGGCUGGCUAGUACAUAUGCCAUCACUUGGCUUCAUCGUUUCCUAAAUUGUUUGCAAUUUUUUCAGAUCAUGAAGCAGUUUCUAGAAGUCUUGAAUGUGACUGAGCGAAAUGCGGUCGAGAAGGGCACAAAGCUUUUUGCCUCUCAAAUGACAACUGAGUCCCUACGUGUCACGUUGUUGUCGACGCUAGAUAUCAUCAGUUAUCUCUUCGACAAGGGAGCAAUUUACGUAUUGACCGCCAAGCUUAACCAGGACCCUUUGGAGCGGCAUUUUGGCCUCGCACGUUCAUUUGGAGGUGAUGAGUCGCACCCUACCAUCGUGAAUUUCUCACAGAUAUUUCGCCUAUUGAGCCUGUACACGCCCAUCAAGACAGCACUACGUGGAAGCGUUCAAGGCGAACCGAAUGCUGUACUUGUUAGUGUGGAGGACACAUUAAAAACAGCUGGAGAGGCUCAUCGAUCAAGCAAAGCUAGCUUACGCAAUGAGAUUGAGGCUAGGCUAUUGGAAACGACAGCAUUUCCAUGUGUUACUCCUGACCAAAUCAGUGAUGAGCACAGCUACUUCAGAGGUUCACCAGAGGACAGUGUUGUGUAUUACUUGUCUGGUUAUGUUGUACACAAAGUGAGCAAGCGUACAGCGUGCCAGUUGUGCCUGCAUGACAUUAGUUCAGCAGCUCCUGUCGUCGGUUCUGACGCAUACUUGACCAUAUAUCGGAGCUUCAAGGAUGGCAGCCUGAGGCACCCCAGCAUCAAGAUGCUACACUUCGUGAGAGUUGUCAAUGAAUCAGUUUCACUUUCUCUUGAUGAGGAAGGUCUCUGCGGGGACUUGUUUUGGAAGGUCCUGGACGACCUGGACGAGUGCAAUCUAACGCGGCUGGGUUGCGAUCAGCACAAGCCCACGUUCACGUGUCAAGUGUUGUAUUUUUUCAUUGUCACGCGGAUGCAUUUUUAUGCGAGGGAUGUGAACCGCCGCCUUCAAAUUCGCGAGAAAGUCGCCAUCGCCAGCAAAAAAGCUCGUCUAUUGUGAAACUGUUCAACAGUUGCAUUGUGUGUGCGUUCUUUGUGCCUCGCAAUAAGCGCUUCUUGCGCCACUGAGAAAAUAAAGUUUCCUUGC